AUGACCUCCGCCGCUAACGAGGGGAAGAGCGUCGGCGUCACGUUCGACAUGGACACGGAUUUCCAGCCAGUGUCGAUUCUGAAGGUCAAGAAAAACGGCAUCCUCGAGGAUUGGAACAGGGCGCACCCAGACAAGGCUGUGAUGGUUGGCGAUGAGGUAGUCCAGGUCAACGACAUCAAGUGGCACGCCAACUCGCAGACAUUCGCAGAGCGCAUCAAGGGACAGUUCUUGGCCGCAAAAAACAAUAAGCCAGGCGCAAAGAACAGGCUGGCUCUUUACAUCCAGCGCCCACGGAAGGAGAGAGUGGUACGCUAUCAGGCGCAGCGCGAGGAUCUGCACAGGAAGCUUUACUCAGCGGAGUUCGAUGCCGAGAUCUCCAUGAAAGGUGUGCUCCCCCGCGAGCCCAUUCACCAGGCCAUGGGAUGGAGGCUGAACUCAUCGGUUGACUGGCAGCCUGUCUCAGUCGAAAAACUUCGGGCUACUGGUCUUAUUGCCAAGUACAACAAGGAACAUCCCGACGCGAAGAUUCGUGCUGGCGACGAGAUCAUCAAGGUAAAUCAUAUCCAGUGGCACCACAGCUCUACUGCCUUCGCUGAGCGCCUCGGGUCGCAGUUCGUGGCGGCGCAGAAGAGGGAGCACUCGGGGUCCUCCGAGGAGAACGUCCUCAAGCUCAGGAUACGGAGACCCAGGUCGGCCCACAACGAGGCCCCGGAGGAGCAGGUCUACACCAAGUAUUACACGGUCCAUCUCGAUCUCAAGGAUUCGCACAAGCUGGGCUGGCACCUCAACGCCAGCAACGACACGAGCCUGGUCACGGUCGACAAGAUCAUGUCCAAAAAGGGUCACCCCAUAGCAAUGUACAACGCGGCCAAUCCCACCAACGCGGUGCAGGUCGGCGACAACGUCGUCAGGGUGAACAACGUCACUUGGCACGGCAACGCCAAGAAGUUCGUCGAGCGCAUCGACAAGGAGUUCGCGAGGGCACGGCCUCGCAAAGGAGGGACCCCGCACAGUACGUCCUUGGAGCUGCUCAUGAUGCGGCGCCUCGUCCAGCCGAUCGCGAAGGAGAGUGGACUGUCACGGUCCCGGCAGAGGAGGGAGGGGUUUUGGGCUGGCAGUUGA